GAGUUUUUAUUUGGGUCCUUAUUAUUUUUCACAUUUCCUUAUUUAUCAUCUUAUUUAUGUCUUUAAGAACUUGUGGGGGUUAUGCACUCAUGUGAUACCUAGGUGCACUAUGCUCUCACUUUCUAUCUCUAAAGUGGGUUUCAUCAUGUUCUUGUGAUUAUUUUCCUCUUUGUUUUAGUUUCUGGGUUGGUGAUUGUGGAAAUUGGUUUUGCUCAGCGUGGGAUUGUGUAUAUGAAAUGGGUUCGGGAACCAAUUUGGUGACUACAGUCAUUGGGUUUGGAAUGAGUACAACUUUCAUCGUAUUCGUUUGCACCAGAAUAAUUUGUGGAAGACUGCGAGAACGUCUGCGUUCAAGAACUAUAUAUGAGAUUGAAUCAAGAGCAGAUAUAGAACGGCCAGAACAUCAUGCUAAUGACUCUGAACCAGCUUUUGUUGCUGCAAUCCCCACUUUGAACUUCAACCAAGAAGCCUUCAGGUCCAUUCAAUGUACACAGUGUGUGAUAUGUUUGUCAGAGUACAAAGAAAAAGAACUAUUGCGCAUCAUACCAAAAUGUGGCCACAAUUUUCAUCUCUCUUGCAUUGAUAUGUGGCUAAGAAAACAAUCUACAUGUCCAGUGUGCCGUUUGCCACUGCAGAAUGCUUCUGAAACAAAACAUGUGAUACCAGUAACAUUUACCAUUACUCACUCUCUUGAUGACUCCAAUACUUCAGAAAGUAACAUAGAGAAUGAGAGGCAAGCUGAACCUAAUGCCAGUAACUCCUUACAAUUAACUUCCGGAGAAUCAGAAGCUAGACAGUGAUGUAAGAAAGUUAAAGGGGUUGUUGUAGUGUGUGCCUAAUAUGUCUAUGUAAAGCAACAUUUUCAAGAGAAAUACUAACAAUACCACACUC